AUGCCUGGAACAGAUCAGUCCACGCCUCCUUCCCCAACUCAUCACUCUGAAUCAUCCAAUAACUCUAGGAUUCUUGAACCUUAUGUCAUACAUCCCUCAGAUAACCCUAGAAUAAUUCUCUUUUCCCCUUUACUGCAAGGAGAAAAUUAUGGCGUCUGGGUUAGAGGAAUAACUAAGGCUUUGAAUGCUAAGGGAAAACUAGGUUUUGUCGAUGGAUCUUUACCACCUCCGGAGGAUGAUCUCACACAUCGCUGUUGGAAGCACUGUGACGACUUGGUGGGAAGUUGGAUGCUGAAUUUCGUCCACCCAGAUAUCCGUGCAAGUUGCUUAUACGCAGCUUCUUCACAUGCGAUUUGGAAAGACUUGCAGGUAAGGUUCUGUAUCUCAAACGCUCCAAUACUAUUUUGUUUGAAGUCCGCCAUAGCAUCAAUUAAGCAAGAGUCAAUGCCGGUGUCCCUUUACUAUACCAAAAUUAAAAUUUUAUGGGACCAAUAUGAUUCACUUGUGGCUUCUACUGAGGCCUGCAUAUGUGGCGCUGGGAAACAUAUGACGGAACGUCUCGAGAGAGAUCGAGCAAUGAAAUUCUUGCAGGGCUUACAUGACAGGUUCUCCAAUCUGCGAAGUCAGAUUCUCACAAUGGAACCUUUUCCAACGGCUUUACGCAUCUUCAAUCUUGUGCAACAAGAGGAGGAGCAGCAGCAUAUCACAGCCUCUCCACUGCCAGUCGUUGAUUCAGCUGCCCUUAAUACGUCUCGAAAUCUUCCACCAUCAUCUCGUGCUCCAGCUAGUCACAACAAGCGUCCAAGGCCUCACUGUGACUAUUGUAACAUGCACGAACAUGUUAGAGAAAAGUGCUACCGACUCCAUGGUUUCCCAGCUCAAAACAACACUCUGCCAAUUGUUGCUGCUGCUACAGCCAUGCCGAGUGUUGCUGCUGCUGAUCAGGCCAUUCAACCAGCGAUUCCAGGUCUCUCUGCUGAUCAGUAUGCACGCCUACUGACCCUAAUCAAUCCUCCCGAACCUGCACAGCUGGAACCGCGUGCAAAUUUUGCAGGACCGUGUCAUGAAUCAAGUGAUUGGUCAGGCCAAUUUUCACUCCGGCUUGUAUCACCUCCAAGUCCAUCUGCAAAUGCCAGAGACGCACAAAGCCUUAUGUAA